AUGAAGGUAGCAAUAUUCUUCAGUAUCGGACUACAGGCGGCCAUAGUUCUGGCUGGAUGCCAAGACAAUGCGGACGGCUUUGCUUCGCUCAAUGGCGGGACCACCGGCGGCAACGGAGGCACAGUCGUGACGGUUUCGACCUUUGAUGACUUGAAGAAGUAUGCCAGUGCCUCUGGGAAGUAUGUCAUCAAGGUGAGCGGCAGAAUCACAGCCUCCCCUUUUGGGUACGAGAUCCCCGUCUCCAACGACAAGACCAUCAUCGGUAUCGGAUCUACCGGUGAGAUUUAUCAAGGCGGAUUUGGCUUGAAGCCUGCGAACAAUGUUAUUAUCCGUAAUCUCAAGAUUGGCAACACUGACGACGGGACUGGGGCUGAAAACGACCGCGACGGCAUUCAGGUUGACACGUCUUCUAACAUCUGGAUUGAUCAUUGCACAUUUGAGAAGGGCGGAGAUGGUUUGGUUGACCUACGCAAGGACUCCAAUUACUACACGGUAUCGAACAACAUCUUCCGUAACCAUGACAAGACAUUCGGCAUCGGUUGGACAGACAAUGUAGUCGCACAGGGAACCAUCCACCAUAACCUCUUCGAUGGGACCAACCAACGCAACCCUUCGGCAGACAACCUGAAAUAUGCCCAUCUUUAUAACAACUACCUGCGUGGAGUCAAAUCCUACGGCCACUACGCGCGCGGGAAAACCAACGCACGUGUUGAGAACUGCUACUUUGAGAGCUCCAAGAACCCGCUGCAAGCUGACAGCACAGCGACUCUGACAGGCAAGGGGAACGUGUUCAAGAGCUGCACGGGCACUCAGAGCAAGGACCAGGGUACUUCAUUCGACCCAAGCAGCUUCUACAAGUAUACUCUAGAUAGUGCAAAUGACGUCCCCAGCAAGGUUCUUGCCAAUGCCGGACCACAGGCUAGUAUUUGUUCUUAG